AAGACGACAAAAGCCAUGAAGCAGCUCUACGAUUCCCAUCCCCAGUCGAUGAAGACGUCAUAUGAGACUAGAAGGCGUCUCCAAACUGAGUAAAACAGUUUUUGUCAGUUUUUAAAAGAAUCCCAAAUGGAGGUUGUUUCGUUGUUAUAUAUGACACUAACCCUCGGUGUUUACCUUAUCAAGGGAAAAAUACCAUCACCAGAUGCAUGUGGAUCAUUUUACCAUCACAGACCAGAGUUUGAUAACUACCGUCUCGACAAUGGAUCUUUGGGGAUCCUUUACCCUGAGGUGGAGUUCAAGUGGACUGAAUGCUUCACGAAGUGUUUCUAUCACUCUAACUGCAAUGUGGUUGUGCUGAACAGAAACAAUGGCCAGUGUAGGCUGUUUGACAACAACGACAAGGACCUUUCCAGUGCCACUCCGGAUCCAGGUGCUCAGUACUGGGCAGCUGACUGUGAGUUCUACAAGGUACCCAACACAGAUAAUACGACAGCGACCGGAUGCUCUAGCACGACGAUACCUGUAACGGACCCUGACUUCAUCAACAGCGUAUGUUACUCCGGCGGCAGCUGGAUCCCGACGAGAAAGUGUGGGCAGAAUCUGUGGGUGGAACCGACAGAAACAGUUUUCAAGAUACCAUCGCCAUUGGUUACUGGGGUAAUCAUUGAAGUCAUCGGAUCGCGACAUGAAGACAUACCAAUCUACCUCAUGUUAAAAGAUGAUGGUGGGUCAAAGGUGGCGAGCUUGUUAUGGACGAGCCGUACCUGGGGAGGCUUCUCUGUGUAUGUAGAUGGAGAGUCUAUUGAAGAUGACAAUCGGCCUUUCUCAGUGGGCAGUGGUGAGGAAUUCACUUUGGUUGUCACCAUCAACGCCGACACUUUUGAGGGAGUGCUGAACGGCGAGAGGUUCUACAGUGGCAAGAGAAUGCUGCCCCUGGUUAUUUACAAAAGGCUCCACUCGGAUGGCUACCAGUCUGUUCGGAAAAUACACAUAAAGUACCCAUAAUAUGUCAUAACACUGGUCGGAUAUAAGCAAUGCACAGUGUUAGGGAGUUAAUACUCGUCAAAUGUGUCGUUCAAUUAGUUGUUUAUUAAACAAAAGGUGGCUUACAAUUUUGUUCCUUUUCCAUUUAGUUGGGGACGGAGUGGUCCACCCGUCGAUGAAGCCGGAAUUGUCUAUCCAGCUCAGAGUUGCGGCCCUUAGUGGUAUCACAGUCAGCUGACUCCGAGUUCGAACUGAUUGUGAAUCUUUAAUCAGAAAAUGGACUAAAUGUAGAUGGCUAUUACCUGUAUAUUUUUGCGUUCAGAGAUUUGGGACCUUGGGGGAAACAAAAUAACUAGAAAAUAGUUAUGUGAACUAUACUGAACUAUUGGUGAGAAUGGUGAAUGUGGCGCAUACCCUGUAAAUAUUGGUUAAAGGUGCUCAUGAUCACUAUGUCUGAAUGUAGUUCUCACGCGACUGGCAGGUGUGUCUUGCAACAUGGCCGUCAGUGCCUGCGCAUUUGUUUAUUCAGCUCAUCAAGUUGAGCCGUGCGUCCCCUGUUGCUACUUUUUUGUUUGUUAUGUAUUGUACUGACUGAGUUUGGUUUUACGCCGCUUUUAGCAAUAUUCCAGCAACAUCACGGCGGGGGAC